AUGUCUACAGUGAGCCGCCGGGCCGCGCUGCUCUCCGUCGCCGCGCCGCUGGCGGCCGGCCUGGCCCCCUCCCCGGCCCACGCGGCCAGCGACGACCCCGUCGCCCCCAAACGCACGGGUCUGACGGACGAAGAGCUCCUCGAGGCGAUCCGCAAGGACUUCGUCGACGGGCAGUACUACGUCAACGGCAACCUCACGCGCGCGAUAUACAGGGAGGACUGCGUGUUCAAGGACCCGAGCGUGAAGACGGUCGGGCCGGGGCCGUACAGCGCGGCGGUGCCGGUGAUCUUCCUGCCCGAGGAGUCGCGCGCGGACCUCAUCAGCAUCGAGGUCGAGUCGCCGCGCGUGAUUCUGCUGCGCUGGCGCCUCGAGGGCAAACUGCGCAACGGCCUCCAGAUCAAACCGUACACGGGCUUCACGCGGUACUACAUCGACGACGACGGGCUGAUUUACAACCACGUGGAGGGCUGGGACACGUCGCUGGUGGACGUGUUCGUGAGCUGCUUCGUGCCGUCGUUCGGCGUGCCGCCCGCGCCCCCGGCGGAGGAGCUGCGGCAGAAGCUGGACGAGACGGGGAAAGUGGCGUGGUUCUGA